GAUGGAGAUGUGAUUAGGAAGCCACCCUCCAUGGAUCUGGCAAGCAAGAAGUGCCAGCAGGUGUUGAUGGAGCUGGAGGGAGUGCUCCACCACUUGGAAGUAAUGUUUAGUUUGACACUGGUUCCUCGGGUUCUUAUCCUACUUGGAGGCAAUGUCAUGAGCCCCAAGGAGCUCUAUGAGCUCGAUCUGGAGGGUAUCUGUGAGGGCAGUGCUGAGGAGAGCCUGAAAACUGGAUCCUGUGUUCGCAAGCUCUUUCACUCGCUCUUCGUUGCAGAUGUCUUCAGUGAACUUAAGGCUCUCCCUGUCAUGGGCACCGUUGUUAUGCUCCAAGGACACCGCGAUUGUGGUGUUGAUUGGUUCCGGCCCAAGCUCAACUAUAAAGUGCCAACCCGAGGGAGGAAACUAACUGUUACCUUGUCCUGUAAUGGCGACAUCAACAUAAGUGCCUCGCCUCCUCAGCGUAUGACUUCUACUUGGGAGGACUAUGUCUGGUUUCAAGCACCAGUGACGCUCAAAGGCUUUCAUGAAUGA